AUGACAUGUUCAGGUUUGCUGUGGACAUGGAAAAAAGUGUCUGAGGAUGAAUUAUUUGCUCGGGCUUACCACACUUGUACUCCAGCAAGAGGGAAACUGUAUCUCUUUGGUGGGGUGAAAUCUGGGGAGCCUAAAGAUACCCCACUAGGGGAUGUGGUGAUGUUUGACCCAGAACAGAAGUCUGUAGAGUCAACAGUUCAAGAAUCUAUGUUCAGGAGGAGCCAUCAUGAUACUGUUUUACUGGGGGAGCGCUGGCUCUGUGUAGUGGGUGGCUGGGAUGGAUCAAAGAGAGUAUCUUCACUCUUCAGCUACGACACUGAUAGAGGAGAGUGGGCUCUGUGGACAGAGGGUCCAACCAAUAACCCUCCAGUGGGUCUUAGCAGCCACACAUGCACCAAAAUAUCGGAUUAUGAGCUUCGGGUCGUUGGUAGAGAGGGAGGACUAAGAACUCAAAGACGUUAUGCCAGUGUGUACACCCUGCGAGUCAAUCCCAGCACCAAAACUUAUUGGUACAAAGAGGAGGAAUCUCGAACAGCGUCUCGUUCUGGUCAUUCAGCUGUCCUACUGAAAAGCAACGCCAAAGCUGGAAAUAAAGGUGGCUAUUCACUCUAUGUUUUUGGAGGUCGCGAAUCAGCUGCAAUUGAUUGUGCUGGUCAAUGGACCACAGACAAAAUUCAUGUCAGCACAGUUCACUCCCCAAGGCUGAUUGAGCAACUAUCGAAGCUUGUUAGCACAGUAGGUGUCACCCAAGAAGCACCUAAAAGUCUAAGGCACCACUCCUGCACCCUGAUUGGUCCUUUCGUGGUUGUCUAUGGAGGAGAAAUACUAACCAAGAACAGAGAUGCUGUAUGCAAUGACCUCUAUAUCUAUGACAAACGUUGUUCCCCACCAAUCUGGUUUCACUUCUCCAGUUCAGACCGUCAGCACAAGAGAGUUGGCCACCAGACAUGUCUACUGAAUGACCACCUCUAUCUGGUUGGGGGCUUUGGUUCAGAUGGAAAAACACCAUGCCCAGAAAUUUGUGUCUUGGAUUUUCCCCAGUGACUAUAAUCUCUCACCUGUAUGAGCACCUUUAUUCUCUUUACUCUCUGAUAAAAUCCAGAUGUCAUUAAAAUAAUAAUCAGCCUUGUAACAGAUUUAAACAUAUAAGUAAAGCUUUUGAAACCAUGUGCCUUUAGCUGUACGCCUUGAAAAAUAAAAAAUUUUGAGCAAAAGAAGACAUUAA